CCUGAGUAUGAAGUGAGGAACCGGCUGCUGUACUUCCUUUUCCUGUUCUCUGCUGGCCUUGGCCAUGAGGUUUUUUAUAUCACCUGCCUGCCAUGUAUACACUGGAACUUGGACCCCUUCCUCUGUCGACGCCUCGUUAACAUGUGGACUCUGGUCAUGUACAUUGGCCAAGUCAUGAAGGACGUGCUAAAGUUGCCCCGUCCAAGUUCCCCUCCAGUGGUUAAGCUGGAGAUGCGUGUUGAUGCGGAGUACGGGCUGCCCUCGACACACGCCAUGGCCGCUACCGCACUCUCCUUUACACUGUUACUGAGCGCCCCUUCCAGAAUCCAGUUCCAGUUCGAGAUGGGUCUACUGCUUGCUGUGACACUGUCGACGAUGGUGUGCUUGAGUCGUCUCUACACUGGCAUGCACUCAGUUUUGGAUGUCAUCUGUGGCGUUUUGAUCUCGGCACUCCUAAUGUUUCUCACUCACCCCUACUGGGAAACAUUUGACCAGUUUCAACUCACCAGCACCGUGUCACCAAUCCUUGCAUUGAUGCUGCCCCUGUUUCUAAGCUAUACCUACCCAGACCUGGACCAUUACAGCACCACACGAGGAGACACCACCACCAUCCUUGGAGUCGGGGCGGGCUGUUCUGUUGGAUAUUGGGUUAACAAACAGUUAGGAGAGACAUUUGAGCCCCAAGGAGUGCUGCCUGUGCCCUUACCCACGCUGACAUCAUAUACACUGGCUUGUGGCACUGCCCGCUUCCUCAUUGGCGUGGUAGCUUUAGUUGGCACCCGGCAGGUUAUGAAAGCAGCCAGCCUGCUUUUGUUGUAUUGGUGGUACAGAGUUCCAAAAUACAACCAGAGUGCCAAAAUGAGGAAAGAAAUUGAAGUGCCAAGUAAAUUUGCCACAUAUACAGCUGUUGGACUUGUUAAUUCUAUACUAGUCAAUAGGGUCUUCAUUGUACUGGGACUAUGAUUGAUAGAACAAAAAAAAACUGAGCCAACAUUUUUAAAAUUAGACUAUGCAAUGACAAAUGUACAGGGUGUACACCCUAUUUUUUGGUACAUUUACAGCCUCAAAUUUAAAUUAUUUUUAUUUUAAUUUUGCUUGCAGGGAUUAAAUUAAUUUUAAAAUGAAUUGAAAAUUGAUGUUUAAAAAACCAGACCAUACACAGAGGGCAUUUCACAGAGGCAGCAUAGAGACCAAAGGGAACCCUGGAGAAACUGCAAAGGUUUGUGUGCUCUGUCCAUCGGAAUAUUCCAGAGCAAAGCUUCAUGGAAGAGUGGCCAGAAGUAAGUCGUUACUUCCAGAUAAAAACAAAGCAUGUUUACAGUUAGCAAAAAGGCAGAGUACACUAAAAUUAAAAACUUGUGAUUGCUACAAAAAGGAUCAUGACCAGGAUCUAUCAUGUGUAGUUACUAGUUACGCAUUUUGACAGUUUUUUUUUCUAUUUGUUUGCCUCACCAAGAUCACACCACAAAAAAAAUUUGCCCUCAGAAGGCCAAGUGGCGUCAAUACUUUUGCAAGGUACUAUAGUGUACACCUGUGGUCACAGGUUUUUCACUUUACACUUGAAUGAGAAAGUCAAAACUUUUGACCAAUGGUGUAUAGUGAAUCAAUAUUUUUCAUUUUCAUUAAAAGCCUUUUCUCAAACGUCUGCAAUAUACUCACCAAUGUUCUUAUUAUCUGGUCUUUGCCUUUUUGGCAAAGCCAGAUAAUGUUUUUUGAAAAGCAUUCCUCUUCACGACAAUUUGCACCAACUUAGAUCAUGAUUGAACACUGCUGAUCUUUUGGUAGGAAAUGGGAGUUGAUUAUGUCCCUGUUACCAGAAAAUUUGGGAGGUUUCCACUGCAGUCAUUGGAAUAGAAAAUGCCAGGGCUUCCAAUUACAGGACCCACCUAAGUUCCCUUGUAACAGAACCAGAUCAACUGUUCAACUGUAAUGUUGUCUCAGGAGGGGUAUUUUUUACCAUGUUAUCCUUAAGGUUUAAACAGUCUUCUGUUGUCCUGUCAACAUUGAAGUACUACUAAGUACUAUAGUACAAUACUGGUGCACCUGUUGGACCUGUGCCAUCUUUUAAGGGGAGUGGGAAAAACAUCCAAAUCAUUCAAUAUUGAGAGUUUAUUAGCUUGCUUGUAGAAAGGAAUCUAGUACUCAGAACAAUGAAAAGUAAAUGUGCCUUGACACUUUUCGUCUAGUAUGGACCUGAGUCGUGUGUGAGUCGAGUCACACAGUUGGUCCUGGUUCGACUAGUUAUGAUUACCUGCUGAAAUGUCAUGAUGAGAUACAAAACAAAUUCAAGAAUGAUAGCGUGU